CGAAGCAAAUAUGUUCGAAUUUCUCGAUAUAUCCAAGUCCAGCAAAAGUUGCCAAGAAUAAUUGGAUUAAUUCAGAAAACGUCAAAAAAGAGACGAAUCAUUUUUCAUCAUGACAAUGUAAGCAGUAUGGUCAACGAAUUUCAGCAUCAGAAGAACGAUUUUUUACGUUAAAAGUGCAUGUUUUUUAGGAAUCUAAAAAGUGCUUUGAAACUUGGUUCAAAUUCGAAAUGUGUGGAGAGUAUGUUUGAAAACAUUAAAACUAGUUUCCAUCAUUUUUCUUUCAAUUAUUACCAUAAAAUUAAUAAUAAUAGUCAUCGUAAUAAAUAAUAUUAAUGAAAAAAUGUUUUCUCUCAUUCUUUUCCAAAUAAAAUUGUACAUUAUUAUGACUGGUCAGAUCGCUCAUGCUAUUGAUUGAAUCAACGGGUCAAAUCUUACUCCUUGACAACCACCUUUUGACUUUUCCUGGACCAUUUUUACAUUUAUCACAUGUUUCCUUACAUAUUAAUUGUAUUUAUUUUAUAUUUUACACUCGCAUUAGCUGACGAAGAUUAAUCACUUUCGAAGGAAUCAUCUAAGAACCUACUUAGAAUCGUAUUAUUAUGGCUAAAAUGAAGAAUAGACAGAAAUUAUCAGUUUCGGAAAAAAAUCUCCUACAAAAGUUUUCGGGGGACGCUGAUUUUCAAUCAGAUCUUAGAACCAACAAGAAAAUUCCUAGUAAUCCUUUGAUUCAAAAAAACGUACAUUUUUUACAAGCGUACAAUAGGCUGCUUAAGAAACCUUCGUACAGACAUAUUGGAGACGCUGAUGGUUAUUUUAAGCAGACACUUAGAAACGAAUCUAUCGAUUUAAUCAGGGAUUUGCAUUUGGGAAAUUUUGUAAAGUCCACAAAAUCUUUUGGAAAUAUCGGUCAGGUUUCUCAGAGAAGACCAAGAUCCAGACAGACCGUUCUUUACCCCCAAAAAGCUGUUGAAGCAGCUCCAAAAUUUGAAACAAAGCCUAAGUUAUUGGAAGAAGAAGUACUUCAUUUGAAUGAACUAUUCGCUCCAGCAAUAAAAGAUACUUUUGAUAGCAGUUCAGAAAGCUCACAAAACGAAUAUAGUUCACCAGAAAACUUUGACUACCGUUUAUCGACACUAGAAAGAGUCGAAGAAAACGUAGAGGAAGAACCGAACGUCGUACAAAAUUUCGAAAAAAGUGACGAUAAAAUAACUGAUAAGAAAGAAGAAGCACCAGGUACUGAUAUCGAUCAAAUAAACGUUCGAUUGAAUGAUAUUUUAAAAGACGUUUGUGAAGAAAGAGAAGAGGAAAUUAACGAAAUGGGCGAGGAAUUCGAAGGAGAAUACGGCGAAGAAUACGCGGGAUUCCCAGACGAUGAGGACGAUGAGAUGAGGGAAGUUGAAAAAAUGAUAGAAAGAGCUUCUCAAGAGUUAGCCCAAGUCGCUGAUGAAAAUAGAAGACUUAUGGAAACUUUGGAUGAAGCUGUUGAACUGGAAGACGACAAAGCAGAAUUCAAAUACAAUCCGGCGGUAGAUAGUGCGAUAAUGAAAGAGCUCGAAGAUGCAGAAUGUCAAGCGAAAGAGACAGCGAAAAUAAUAGCGGAGUUGAAAUUACAAGUAAUGGAAUUGUCAAAAAAAGAAACGAUGACAGAAGACGAAGCGAAAGAGCUCGAACGGAAAAAUUUGGAACUCAAGAAACAAAUGAUUAUUUUUGAACAAAAGACGAAAAGAAUUCAAGAAUUACUUGCACAGACGAACUUAUUUGAGGAUUUGGGUUCUUUCAAACCAGCGAGGUAUAACGAAGACGUCUUACCAAAAGUAGUUGUUUGCGGAAUGACUGAGAACCAAAUGCCGAAAAUUCUUAUUUGUGAUGACAACAAAAACAAAUGCAAAUCAGAACGCAAAAAGAGAUCACCGUCACCCAAAUCACCAAAAUCACCUUGCGAUUGUCCUCAACCGACUACCGGUAACGUCGACUUCGAAGAUUUUGCUCCUUCAACAUUGAAUUCGGCGGCGCAAGGUACUACUGCAUAUCAGCAGCCAUCACAAGGAAUGCAACAAGGAAUGUUACCUUAUCAAGGAAUGCAACAAGGGAUGGUGCUGCCACAAAUGGGAAUGGGACUUCCUGGAGGUAUGCCUCCUCAAAAUACUUGUGAGUGCCAUCAACCACAAAUGGGUCAACAGUUGGGUUCGCCAGGGAUGAUGCCUCAACCGAUGCCGAUAUCACCGAUGUCGAUGCCACCGAUGUCGAUGCCACCAAUGUCAAUGCCACCGAUGUCGAUGCCACCUCUUAUUGGAGACUCUCUAGAUUAUUGUGAAUGUGAUAAUGCCAAGGAUUCUUCACGAUCUAAGACGAAAUCAGGACCGGGAGUAGGUAUGCCGUGUGGAAAAGGACGAGGUAUUUGUCCGGCUGAGAUUGAAUCUCGCCUACAAGAGUAUUCAGAAAAUACACAAUUUUUGGAAAAGCAGUUGUACGACAUGGAAUCCGAAGUAAAAGAAAUGCAUCAGGAAUUAUUAGCAGUUCAGAAAGAACGAGAACACCUCGAACAUCACAAGAAAAUGUUAUGUGCAAUGCCACCUUGCGGAUACUCACCUUGUCCCGUUUCUCCUUGUCCACCGUCUCCCUGUCCAUUACAACCUUGCCCCGGUUCUCCAUGUCCGGCAUCUCCUUGUUUUCCUCCGUGCGGACCACCAUGUGAAUCCCAAUUGAGAGAAUUGAGAGAACAAUAUAACAGAUUGCAAGAUGAUUUUAAGAACAAAUUGACGGAAGUAGCCGGCUUAAGGACUGAAAAUGAGAAAUUGAAAGAGAAAACGAAGCUAGCAGAAGAUGCCAAAAGAGAAGCUGAAAAACAAGCGAGAGAUCUCGAACUUGAAAUAAAAAGAUUAAAAGGAACUCUCAAAGAUCCAAAGCAAAUAUCCAAAGAACAAGUCAUUGAACUCGAACAACAAUUAACUGUGGCCAAACAAAGAUUUAGAGAAGCACAAGAUGAACUAGAAGAACUGAGAUUACUCGUCGAAGAUCAACAAUCACAACUAGACGAUUAUAGAAACAGGUAUUUGGAAGCUCAACAGCAAGUUGAGGAACAACGAAGACAAAUAGAUUUGAUGGAAAUUGAGAACCAAAGAAUAAGCGAACAAGUUAAUUUGGAAAUUCAACGUGUCAAGAAUCAAUUCCAAGAAAAACUUCAAGAGCUAAUGCCACUUCCAGAUAUUUUAAAGUCGACGCAGAUGAAACUUCAGGAAGCUCAACAAAUGCAUCUUCUAGCAGAAAGGAAUAAUGAAUCUAUAGCUAGAGAGUUGCAAAUGUACAAGGAUAAAAUCGCGGCAAUGACCAAUCAAAUAGAUGAAGUUAGAAGUGACCAGCAGUUUGGUGAAGACGCUAAAGCAGUAUUAGAAGCGAAAGUAAAAGAAUUGGAGGAGCGUUUGGCUGAGGUUCAGGAAUUGAACAGUAGUCUUUUGACAGAUUUAGAGAAGCUUACCGAGAAAAGUGACGAAUAUGAAAAGUUGGCAGAGGAACGGUUGCAUGAAAUCAUACAAUUAGAAUCUCAAUUGGAAUCCCUUCGUGAAGAAACCGCCAGGCAAGUUUCCAGAAUCAAAGAUCGAUGCGAAAUCGUCAGAAGAUCUAUGCAGAAACAGAUCUGUGAUUUGGAACGUCAGUUAGCUCAAAGCAGGGCUCUCGCCAAGACGGCACAAAAAGACAGAGAUGAGAUCAGGCAGAAGAUGCAAGCGCAAAUCAAUAAUUUGAAUGAAAACUUUGAAGAUGCUCAGAUGAGGAUAAGAAACCUUCAAGGACAUGUCAAUUUUCUGAGAAAUUCCUAUGGAGAUGUAUAUAAUGGUGACGAUAAUAUUGCUUGUAAACCACCAGCACCCCCCGAUCCCUGUACCUGCAAUCCUGCAUAUUAGGAUUAUUGAUGUGACGAGUGUCGUUUUAUAUCGUAUUUCAUUUUACAGGGAGAUUCAAUAUCAAUAAAACUUUUUUAAAGACUAUAA